GUGGGUGUGGAAAUUACAAUUGGUAUCGGAGCCUGCAUAGCUUAAUUUACUAGCUACCGAUCACAUCAUGGGAGACAUGGAAGAAGGAGCAAAUGUUCAGAGACCACCUUUAUUGCGUGGGCACAACUACAAUUUCUGGAAGGACAGGAUGAGGGCCUUUCUCAAAUCCCUUGGAGGUGGGGUCUGGAGAAGCGUGGAAACUGGGUGGUCUGAACCACACAAAUAUUCUGAUGAUCUGACUACAUCAAGAAUCAAGCCAUUUGAAGAAUAUAGCAGAACAGAAGCCAUUGCUGCUGAGUUUAAUGAUAAAGCCUUGAAUGCAAUCUUUGGGGCAGUGGAUUCUACUCAGGAUAUUGCAAAUCAGGCUGCACGACUGAAUGAAUCCAUUCCAGAAAAUAAGCUGGUACUCAGAGUGCUGAGAUCACUUCCUAAAGAAUAUGAAAUGGAUGUCAAGGCCAUUAAACGUUCCCACAACAUCAAAAACAUGACUCUCGACGCACUUAUGGGCAUACUGGACAUGGUAGAAGAUAGUAAACGUCAGAGACCUGAUAAGCAGAUAGCAUUUCCCAGUACUGAGAUAGAAGAUGACAGUGAACGUGAUUGGUCACUGGAUGAAGAUUUUCAAGAGCAGCUAUCACUCUUUACUCGGGAAUUCAAGAAACAAUGGGUUCAAAAGAAAUCAAAUCAAAGACUUGAAGGCACCUCUAAGGGACUCUCACCAAAAGAUGCUAAGUACAGAGAAACCAAAAACACAGAAACCUUUAACUACAUGAAGAAAAAGGGUCCACAAUGCUUUGAAUGUGGCGGAUAUGGGCACAUCCAGUAUGAGUGUGCAAAUAAUCUAAAAAAGAAGAGACAAGCCUUCAAAGCAACCUGGAGUGAUGAAGAAACUGAAGAUCAGAGUGAUUACGAAGAAUCCAACUGUGCUUUCAUUGCAAGUGUUAAUCCAGGAGAUGAAGAGAGUCUUGAAGAACAACUAGAGGACCUGCAAGAAAAAUGGUCAGAACUCCUGAUGGUGAACAAAAGGAAUAUCACAGACAAAAAAAGACUAAUUUCAGAAGUUGAUGCAUUAAAGAAGAGGAUUGAAGGACUCACCACGAAAAUUGAAGAACUUGAAGGAGAAAAAUCGGAUCUGUUAUUCGAGUUAAAUCAACUGAAGUCCUAUCAAAAAAGGGAUCAAGGUUGCUGGAGCAGAGCAAGUGAAAAAGAUGCAAAGUUAUGGCAUUAUCGCCUGGGGCAUCUGAACUACAAAGAUCUUGUAACUCUGUCAAAUUCAGGAGCUCAAACUGAGGAAAUUUCAUCAACAUCAGACACAGAAGAUCAAACAGAUGCAGAACCACAGGCAAGUCAACCAGAAGAAGUCCGAGUGCCCACACACAUUCAGAAGACUCAUCCUCUAGAAAAUGUUGGAGAUCCACAGGAAGAUACCCUCUACCUACAGUACACAACCACUCAUCAAGAAGAGAACAUGCAAGGAGAAAAGGAGAAAGAUCUGCUGUCAGAUAAGAAAAUGCUAGAGAUUGUGGAUGAAGAACCCUUACUAGCAUGCUUAGAUGUUCCAGUUGAAGGUGUGCAACUCAGAACACCAGCAUCCCAGAAAGCAAUGGCAAAACGCUCUGGAUCUAGAUGGUCGUUGCGUCAAAAGGCAAAAGAAGAUCAACCAGAAGGGAUUUCGAAGAAGCAGAAGAGGUCGCCUCCCUCAGAAAAACUCUCAACCAGAAGUCAGAGCAGCAAGAGGAAAGAAGCACCAGCGAGAAAGACAUCCAAACCAGGGAAGUUCUCUAAACACCUUUUUGUCUCAUCAAGUGCUAGUUCAUUCAUGUCUGAGAUUGUCAAGAAAACCAUAUUGCCACAAAGAAGUAUUGAUGUUGAGGAUUUUGAAGCUAAAACAAAUUUAAUCCCUAUGCUGAAACAAUGGACUUGUAGUUGCAGAAGAAGAAGAACCCCCCCCCCUCCUCUACUCCAAGUUGACUUGAGACACUUUAAAGCCAAACAUUACAAUGACAUGGCACCAGUGGAAGAUCAGAAGGCAGCUCCAGCAGUUCUUCAGCCAGAUUUCUCCAAAACAGCAUUCAUCAAGGCAGAAAUUAUGCUACUGCAAGAGCAAAUUGAAAAAUACAAGGAGCUGAUCAAGGAAGCAGAGGUCAAAAAGAAGAACUGGGCCAUUGUCCUAUCAUCUCUGGAUAUCACUCCUGAUGUACGUGCACAAGCUCAGGGGGAGAAGUCCAAAGACAAUGCACCUGGAAAUGCUACAACACAGGGGGAGCAAAGUGAAGGUGAUGAGGGUACUGAGAAAGGAGAGGAAAGCUCAGACACAGGAAAGAAUAAUCAGGAAGAUGAGGAGUCAGAUUUCGAAGCUGAACUUCAAAAGUUUGAUGCAUCUGAUGCUUAACUUCUCAUUUGAAUCACUGGAAAACACUACUACUUUUUUGCUACUCUAUGUUUUGGUGGGAUUGUUCUAUCCCUGAUGAUAUGCUCUAGAUUUUCUGAUUGUGGAUUCAUCUAUUUUUAUUUUGGUUCUUUAUGCUAUGGAUUACUUUGGUUGAAGACUGAUUCUGUUUGAUUACACUGCACAUGGUCUCCUGGUUUUACUCAGGUUUUUGCACAGGUAGGAUGACCAUUUUUCUGUCUAGGUUGCUCUGUUGUACACACUCUUGCACCCGGUUGUCUAAAUAUUACUCUUCUCCAGUUUCUUUGAAUAAUAUAUAUUUUGCCUUUGG